GCUCGUCGCGCUUUCGCCAUCAAGCCGCGCCAGACGGUUACAUCAACCGCUAGAGGGUCACAUCGAUCCUCUGACUGAAGGCGCACUGCAUACCAGAUAGCCUCGCCAGCACGCUGCUAGCUGAAAGCCCUCAGGAGCAGCACACCACCUGCAAGCCGCACGCUAGUCGCCGCGAGCCGCAACAAAAAUGGGCAUCGUCGACAAGAUCAAGGAGCUCGAAAAUGAAUACGCGCGGACCCAAAAGAACAAGGCCACGGAGGGCCACCUCGGCAUCAUCAAGGCCAAGCUCUCGAAGCUGCGCGGCGAGCUCCUCCAGGACCAGGCCGGGAGCGGCGGCGGCGGCGAGGGCUUCGCCGUGCCGCGGUCGGGCGAUGGAAGGGUUGCGCUCAUCGGCUUCCCGUCCGUCGGCAAGUCGUCUCUGUUAUCAACGCUCACGACGACCCAGUCCGAGGCCGCCGGCUACGAGUUCACGACAUUGACCUGCAUCCCGGGCAAUAUUAUAUACAACGACACGAGGAUCCAGCUCCUAGAUCUACCGGGCAUCAUCGAGGGCGCGGCCCAUGGAAAAGGACGAGGCAAGGAGGUCAUUGCCGUGGCGCGGACCUCGGAUUUAGUACUGAUCGUGUUAGAUGCGGCGAAGGAGGGCGUCGACAACCACAAGAUGAUCCUCGAGAGGGAGCUCGAGACCGUCGGCCUGCGGUUGAACAAAAGGCCGCCGAAUAUUACGUUGACGAAGAAGGCGACGGGCGGCGUCAAAUUUAAUGCCACGGUACCUCUUACCAAACUAGGAGACGACCCCGAGAAGACGGUCCUGCAGAUCCUGAAGGAGUUCAAGCUGCACAACGCCGAGGUCCUGAUGCGGGAGGACUGCUCGACGGACGAACUCAUUGACGUGAUCAACGGCAACCGGAAAUAUGUCAGGUGUCUCUACGUGUAUAAUAAGAUCGACAUGAUCCCGCUUGAAGAUGUAGAAACACUAGCAAGGCAACCCGACUCCAUUGUGAUAAGCGUGAGGCAGAAGCUGAACCUCGACUAUUUGUUAGCAAGGAUGUGGGACGCCAUGGGUUUAGUAAGGGUCUACUGUAAGAAGAGGGGCUGCCCGCCGGACCUCGACGAGCCCGUCGUGCUCUCGGCGCAGCGCCACGGUAUUACGAUUGAGGCGGCGACGCAGCGCAUCUCCAAAGAACUACUGGUGAUCUUCAACUACGCCGAGGUCUGGGGCACCUCCGCAAAACACUCGCCGCAGCGCGUCGGUUUACAACACAAGCUCCACGACGAGGACGUCUUCCAGAUCGUCGCCCAGACGAACCAGCAACAAAAGCAGGACAAGGGCUACAGCCAGCGCGUCCAGAACUACAACGCCGAGAUCGCGCGGAAACGGCGGACGCGGACCAAGGAAGGGAAGAAGAAGCGCAGCACGGGGUAACUAU